AUGUACCGUCAAAUUUGGGUUACACCGGAACAUCGCAAAUAUCAAAAAAUAUUUUGGCGUAAAAAUAAAGAACAACCUAUGCAAAUAUUUCAGUUAAAUACGGUCACGUAUGGCACUGUCUCGGCAUCGUUCUUAGCUACCGCGUGCUUGUAUAAAUUAGCCGAAGAUGAGUAUAGUGGAGCAAAUACGAAAGAGAUGGCCGUACAAUUGCGUAAUGACUUGCGAACAGUGCUACAAUCAGGUGGUUUUAACUUACGAAAAUGGGCUGCAAACGAUUCGGGGUUAUUGCAAAAUUUAAACCAAGAAAAUAAUGAUGCUAUGUCGGUAUUAGAAUUAGAGGACAAUAUGGCGAAAAUUCUCGGGGUCCUGUGGCAUCCUAGUAAGGACAUAUUUAAAUAUAAAGUGCAGGACACAAAUACAGAUAAAUCAACAACCAAAAGAAGCAUAUUGGCGCAAAUAGCCUCAUUAUUCGACCCACUAGGUUUAGUGUGGCCGAUAGUAAUAAAGGCAAAAAUUUUAAUGCAAGAAAUAUGGAGGUUAAAAAUUGAUUGGGAUAAACCGGUACCAGCGAAAAUGCACGACGAGUGGACUAAAUAUUUACAUGAGUUAGCAAACUUGCGUGAAUUGAAUAUACAACGUUUUAUAUGUACGGAAGAUAAUUGUAAUAUAGAGGUUCAUGGGUUCGCUGACGCCAGUUUAGCCGCCUAUGGCGCGUGUAUAUACAUACGCAGGACAGAUAAUAGUGGCGUUUGCACGUCGCAUUUAUUGUGUGCAAAAUCUAAAGUUUCGCCUUUAAAAGUUAUAUCGCUCCCGCGAUUGGAACUAUGCGCGGCCUUAAUUUUAGUAAGGCUGUACAACAAAGUAAUACCGAAAUUAGGUAUAAAAAUACAACGUCGUUAUUUUUGGUCGGAUUCUUCAAUCGUCAUAGCUUGGAUAACUUCACCCUCUACGCGUUGGCAAACAUUUGUUGCGCAUAGAGUGGGUGAAAUUCACGACCUUAGUUCAGUAAAUGAAUGGCACCAUGUUGGAACAAAGGACAAUCCUGCGGAUAUUAUUUCGCGAGGAUGCAGUACAAAAGAAAUCAUAAAUAGCUCGAUAUGGUGGCACGAACCAAGCUGGUUAACCAACGAUAAUAAAAGUUGGCCAAAGACUGUUUGCGAGUUAAGAUAUACCGAAAUACCGGAAGAGAAGAGUACACAGAAAACUGCUGCAUUUGUAGCACAACCGGUAAUAAAGGAACACAUAUUAAACGGAAUUAUACGAGUUGGCGGUCGCAUAAAAAAUGCCAGGCAUGUGGACAUAGCACAGCGACACCCUAUUUUAAUACCUAAGGAUAGUGCAAUUGCAAAAUUAAUAUUGCGCAACGAACACGAAUUACUUCUACACGCGGGCCCACAAGCGAUGUUGGCGAACAGUCGAUUAAAACUUCGACCAACAAUAGUUGAACCUAUAAUGGCAGAUUUACCAACCGAACGAUUGGAGCCAAAUCGACCGUUUAAAAAGUGUGGUGUCGACUACGCCGGUCCUAUUUCUAUAAAAACAAUACCCGGGCUGUCCAUAUCGAGUUAG